UGUCUGUUUCCCGUGUCUCCGCACCCGGCGGCCCCUAGCCGGCUCCGCGCGCCCGCCGCGGGGAGAAGGGGGCGCGCGGGGGAAGCCGGGGAAGGCUUGGCGCCCGCCCAAUUCCGGGCGAGCAGGCGGCCCGCGCCUGCUCUCGAAAUUUUGAAGACGAUUGCGCUCUAGGCUUUGGAAAAAGUUGCAAAGGACCUGGGCCACGGGAUCCAUGAGGUUAUGGCUGUCGCGCUUUUCCAUCACCCCGGGCGGAAUUUCAUCGAUUGGCCCGCACGCAAGCGCUUUGCUCACGAGCGGAGAUGCCCGGAGACCGGUACUCACGCGACAAGGAGUCGAGUUGCAAAGCUACCCGCUCACCCAGUCCCGGCGGGGUUCCGAGAGAUUGGCGACAUGACGGCGCCGGCGCUGCGCCCUCGGCCGCGUUUCCGGGCCCGGCCGCGCCCCAGUGCCUGGCUGGCGGCCGCGCGCCCCGCCGGCCCUUUCUGUGUUCGUUGCCACCUGCUGGCCACAAAGGAAGCCGCGGCCGGGCGGCCGGCCCGGAGCGGGGCCGGGCAUAUUCAAGCUCGCAGGAUUGCGCCGCCAAAGUUGGCGGCGGGCGGCGCGCGUCGAGCGCGGGGCCGGCUGACUGGAUGCGCGCGGCGCCAGUGGCCCGGCCGCCACGGUAAGUGGGCGCGCGCGCCGCGCCGGCGCUGCCCCGUGAAGCCGCGCGCCGUGCAUGCCCGUCCGGCGCGGGACUCUUCGGCUUUUUUUUUGCGCGUGAGACUUAGCUGCCUGGCAUGCCAGCUAAUUUUUGGACAGGUUGCCCCAGGGCUUCAGACGGAUCAUGCAGGGCGGUGCCCUCUGUGGCAUAGUGGCUUUUUUUGUAUGUUCCUCCCUGCCUGGUGGAGCUGGUGGCAGAUUCCGGGGUGAGGUUGCCGACUGA